AACUCAGUACGAAAAAAAUCAACCCUAACAAAAAUGGCUAACGCCAAAAAAUUCAGCAAUUUUAUUGUUUGGCGAAUAAAAAUAUUUUCGAAAUAAUUUACAGCUAUUACAAAGCUCAGAAUUUAAUGAAUUUAUGGAAAAUAUCAAAUUUGAAAUACGCCAAACCGAUUGAAAUACAAUUUAAGAGCCCACAAGUUGUUGAAACGAGAAAAAUAAGUGAUUUAAUCUUGCAAAUCCAUUCACGGUUCGUCGUCGCGUGUGUUUCGCAGUGAAAGAAGAAAAAAGUGUGCUCAUAGCCCAAAGAAUUCUAACAAAAGUUUUGGAAAAUCAUUGUGUUCUUUGGCAAAGAAACAACGCAAAACAAGAAAUUGAUGUUGAGUGGAAUAUUUGCUGAAUAAUUUUUAUGGAAUUUUAUGGGCAAAUAUUGCCGGAUUAAAGAUAGUUGUGAAAUUCUUGAUAAAACGGGCAUAUCGUGAAGAAAAAAUAUUCUGGCUGGCUGGCUGCGAUUAAAUAAGAGGGUGGUGUCUCUCCUCUAACGCAGAGCGCGCGCGGCUGUCCAUAGCCUGUCUCUGCCUGCCUGCCUGUUCUUUCGCUUCGUUGAGACUCCGCUGGCCUGGCGAGACACAAUAUAUUUCGGGCUCGUUGACGCGCAGUACUCGUUUGAUGGUGGUCUCAUUCAGUUGGUAGUUGGUCUGCAAACGUCAGUCAGUGUGUGCGGAUUCGGAACAGCAGCAGACCAGGCAAUUGAUAAAACGCCGUAAAUCGUGCCGUGCCAACAACAGCUUGUCUCACAAGCUGUUCGGCGACCACCACGCGGUGGACAAGACACCAAGAAAGUAGAAAACCCAUCUGUUAAAACAGAACACGUUAAUGUUACCAACAAAGGUUAAACAAAUAGUGGAUGGUGCCUGGAGUAAAUAUCAGCAUCAUCUUGUACAGCAACAACAAACGGAUAAUAUAUUUAAACGAGGAAUUUGUUUUCCCAGCCAAUAAACGGAAAUAAACCAAGCGUAUAAUAAGGAGUAGAAAGCCGGAAAAUUAUGGAAACUCUUAAUCCACCACAACCAGAUACGACGACACAUGUUACAGAAACCAAUUUAGAUUCUACAUCAACACAAAACUCACCACAACAUCAUAGCGUAAACGAUGUAGAGACCGAAGAUUCAAAUACACAACACUCAACUGAAGAAUCACAUGAAGAGGCAGAGGGGGAAAUCCAUUCUAAAAUUGUUACAAAAGAUGGUGGUCAAGAAUCAAAUGAUGGAACAACAGCAACAACAAAUAUUGAUGAAAUCACAGGACAACAUGAUGUGACAUCACCACAACCAACCGAAUUACAUGAUGAACAAAAGGAAGAAGAAGAAGAUAAGAAACCAGAAGUUGCGCAGGAGGGUGAACAGCCAGAACCACAGCAUACUGAAUCCAUGGAUAUAAGUGGAGAAGAAGAUCAGGAGGAAAAUAACCAAUCAAGAAUCGUGGAGGAAAUUCAGCAACCACCACAGGAUUCAAUGGAUACAAGUGAAGAUCAUGUAGAUACUACACAGAGUACUAGCAUUUCACAACAGCAGGUGGAAGAAGAGAAACCGCAAGAAGCGAAACCACAAUCGAUCUCAUGUACACAAAAUGAGAUCUCCAUGCCACAGAAAGAGUUAGCAAACAUUGAUGAAGUAUGUGAAGACAAAACCACAGAGGAAAUUCAAAAAUUUCAAUACAAUGAUGAAGAAGAGGAUGAAUUACUUAAAUCGGAUGAAGAUGAAGAGGAACAAGGUGGUAAUGAUGCUUCAGGUGGAUCGAAAAGGGAGCCCGUUUCAAUGGAACAGGAAGAUGCGCUGUUAAAAAGUGAUGAAGAAGAGGAAACGGAAAAUGUAGAAGAAGGAAAAUUCUCGCCCUCUUUUCGUACAACUCCCAUGGAGCUUGAUUCUACAGAAAUCAGUAAUACGGAAGAACAAAAUGAAGUUUGUUCUGAAACUAAUGAAGAGGAGCAAAUUAAUAAGCAAGAAGAAACGAUUCAAGUAAAUGAAGAAAGUGGAGGAGAGAGGUCAAGUGAAAGUAUAGUUACCGAAAAAUCCACACAUAGAGCAAAGAAAAACAAUCCAAAUCAUCGCAUACUUUAUAAAUUUGAUAUUGACGAUGAUGAUGAUACCAGCCAAGAAAGUCAAAAGAGUAAACGCUCGAAAAUUAUGGAGGAAGCAAUAAACUCACCCACAAGUCAAUCAAGACGCACAAGCAUUGAAAAUAGCCUAGAAGAUGAUAGCAAAGAAAUUGAAUACUCCAUACCCCUUAUGAAAGAAGAUCAGAAGUCGCCAAUUAAUUCUCCUUUGGGCAAUGUAACCAAGUCUACAUUAGAUGAGGAUGAAAAUAUAAGCAAUCACAGCAGCCAAUCGCCAACCACAGAAACAUUAAGAGAAGAUUCUCAAGAUAUUACCCAACAGGAGGAGGAAAAACCAGCUAAAGAAUCAGAAGAAUUUUCACAACACGAGGAAGCAAUGACUACGACAGCAAAAUCAUCAUCACCACCACCACCAUCCCAUACAAAAAUAUCAUUUGUUAAUGAAAGUUCAGAAACAAAUGACAACAUAACUUCUUCUCUAGAUAAGGAAAGUUUCAAAGAAACUAAGAGCUGGAAUUCAUUUGACAUUGCCUCCUAUCUUACCAAUGAACAUCAUGCAAAAGCGGAAGAAGAAAUUGUAGAUAGUGAUGUUAACAAAGAGUUUCAAACACCAAAACUGAAUGGUGAUCAUCAUCAUCACGAAAGCGAUCAUGAUGAUGACAUGGAAUGCCAAGAAGAUGACGAUGAUGUUCGUGAUGAUGCCAGCAAUCAUAGUAGAAAAAGUAUAUUGCCGACUCCUUCUCCUGUGCCUUCAUUGCAAGCCACUGUGACAGCGGCAAAUUCAUCUCCAAAUUCGCCACAAAAUGAAGCAACAAAUGAAAUAUCAACUCCCAUUAAUUCUGCGCCGAAUUCCCCACAAAACAAACAGGACGAAACAGAAAUCGACAGGGAAACCUCAUUAUGUAGUGAUGGUAAUGCUGAAGUGGAAGACGAUCUCUCUAAAAUCAAAUCUCCUAUCCCAUCAAUACAUUUGCCUCAAAAUGAGGAGGCACGAAUUGAUUUUCACAAUGAAAAUAGUCAAGAGCCUGAUUUCCGCCAAGAAGAAGAAGAAGGAACUCCCCAUAAAAGUGAUAACAGCCGUAUGAGCGAAUCUGAAAAUGAAGACUCGGAAAAUGAGACAGAUUUAAAAAUCCACGAAGAAACUCAAAAUAAUAAUUUAUUGGAUCAUGCAGAACAUAAGGAGAGUUUAUUUUUGAAGGAGUCGCAGCAUCUGAGUCAAUAUCCCCAAACACUUAGGCAACUAAAACAGUAUUCUCCUUCUCCCCGGCUAACACAGGCCCCUCCUAAUAAUCCAGAUGAUGAGACAAGUCGUGCUUCAAUGCUUUCAUCAGCAUCCUAUUCAACAUCCUCAUCGCAACAAUUAGUUAUUGAUCAUCCUAUGGAUGAUGUUAAAGAAGAGAAAAUUAAACCCCUUAAAAUUUGUCUCAAGCGUAAACUUUCGUAUAACAGUGAUGAGGAUGAGGGCAAUAGCCUGGGCCCCAAACAAAAACAAAUGCAUUUAAAUGAAGAUCAGGAGGGAGAGUAUCAUUUCGCUACAGAGAAGACAAACGAAACAGCCGGCGUGGAAGAAAAUGGAAGAGCCGAUACAUCAUCUUACAAUGAAAUGUCGGAAGCUCUGCACUACAAUAUGAGUUUUCCCAUAAAAACAGAAAUCAAUGACCAUGAACAUCAUGAAAAUUUGGAGCCUAUGGUACAACAACAACCUGCUUUUAAAUCGCUGCUAUUACAGCAACUGGAGAAACCUAUAAUGGCUCCCAAUGCCAUCAAUCAAUCAGUGUUUGCCACAUCCUUAUCUCAGAGUGCGCCAAUGGAGAUCACAUCUCCAAAUGUACCUCAGACUGUUCCUCCCUUUUCACCACCCCCUAACGUGUUACUAUCUGCGGUGUCAAUACCUGAGCCAAGUCCCAAAUGUUUAGAAUCUAACAACCCACUUCCAGCCGUGAUAAGGACUCCCACAACAAAGUAUCUUUGUUUUAAAUGUAAAACUGGAAGUUUUGCUUCUCUGGCAGCUUUGACGGAACAUCAAGCACUUUGUUUGUCGCAGCACAGUUUGUUUCCCAUGCCCCCAGCGCCCUCACAAGUUGCUAAAAUUGCAACUCCCCCGCCGUCGUCAUCAGUCUCUCCCGCCACCACCACCACCACCACGAGCUUACCCAUUGAAUCUAAGGCAUCUGCUGUCGCCAUGCCCUUGGGAGAAAUGCCCGCCAAUACAACGGCUCCGGUAAUUAGCAAAAAACGUUUCUACAAAUGUUCCAGCUGUAAUACUUUCCAUGAGAAUUGGAAUCUGUUUCUGCACAUUCGGGAAAUCCACAAUCGCUACAUGUGCAUGUAUUGCGUACGCUUCUUUCCCACAGCCGAGAAGUUGGCAUUGCAUUUAGAAAUCAAACAUGACCUGGAGCAAACCCAUUUCAAUUCGGAGGAAUCUCUAAGGAAAAGUAUACCACACAUGGAGGGAUAUCCAUUGGAGACGCGAUUUCUUAUGUGCUGUACCUGUGAACAUGUUUUCAAGGAGAAUGAUCAAUUCUCUCAACAUGAUUGUUCGGAAUACAUGAAACCCUGUGCGUUGUGUGGCCAAAAGGGACGGCACACGAAUCAGUGUAAGGCACAUCCGGAUAGCAAGCGGUUCUCCAAACUCAAGAAGAAAAAAGAGAAGACACCAUCUCCACAGAAAGCACAGAGAACGGAAAGACCUCCUAUGGAUUUCAACACUCCGCCUGUAUUGCCUGCAACAGCAGUUGGCUGCCAGUUCCCCAUAAAUCCUCCCACCACCACCACAACCAAUUCCAAUUUGAACUGUGAUAGUGGUCGUGUUUUGCAACGACCACCAGCUCCUCCUGUCUUGCAUAGCGAAGAUAGCAACAGUAGCAGUAAUAUGGUCAUCGAUGAAUCCUGUAAUGUGAAUAAUCAACUUCCACCGCCACCGCCGCCACCACAACAGCAAAUAUCAAUAUCAAAUGCACCUCCUGCGUUAUCUAGAGAAUCGUUGGUCUCCAAUGACUUGCUGCAACAGCAACAGUUUAGAAACACCUCCAUGGAAAUUGAUAUACCACCAGAUAGACCAGCAGUAGUAGCAACUGAAAAGAUGUCAGAGGAGGACGAGCAGCAGCAUGAAAGGGUGGAGAGUCCCAUUAAAAAGGUGCCACCACUUAGACUUGUGGUACCCAAGUUCAAAUUGCGAGUACCCAAAGAGUUUCAAAAACCUGUCGAUGAUGCUCUUUCGUCCUCGGAAAGUGAGGAAGCCGAUGGUGAUGGCGAGGAGGAUAAUGAUGAAGAAGUGGAGGAGGAGGAGGAAGAGGAAAAUACCCGCAGUAGUAAUAAUAAUUCCCGCAACGAAACACCUGCGGAGGAAACUAAUCAAAAUAAGAACAUGCUUAGCGAAACUACCCCUGCCAAUUCUCAAGACAUCGAACGGAAUUCGGUUACCGAGUCGGCCACCGAAGCUGGUAACUCACAGGAUGACAAUGCCGAAAGUGGCAGAGAAAGUCGAGCAACACUGCAUCAGUCACUAUCGCAGGACGAUGAUGAUUCAUUGGAUGAGCCCAAUUCCAAUUUGGUGCGUAUCAUGCAGGAGAUUGAACGUACCAAGAAGGACAUAAAGCGUACCAAGAAAACCUCCUUCCGCCACAAUCAAAAUAAGCUAUUUGCGGAACCACGGCAACCUACCCUAUCGCAGAGUAGUAUAAGGACAGCUGAUCACAAUUGGUCACCAACUCCACCGGCCUCGCCCAACUCACGUUGGUUUACCCCGCGAAGAACAACUGUUUCGCAGAGCGACGAACCAUUUAGCCGUCAUAGAUUUGGUGAAAAUGAAGAAUCCCUGAUUAGGCACCCCAACACCAGUCAAUCGGAAACGGAAGAAAUUGGACAAUUGCCUCAAUCCGUUGUGGCCACUUCAUUGAUCACAACUUUGUACAAGGACAGCAUUAAUCCCCCGGCAACUUCAACGCAACACGUUGCUCAAGAACGACGUGAUACCAUUGGUAGUGAUAUGAUGGACAUUGAUGAGACCAUUACGGCCCAACCCACGCAGAUCAUUUAUGGGGAGGAUUCAAAGCGGGCCAGUAGCUGUGAUGAUCACAUGAACACAUCCAAGGAAAGUGCCGAUAUUGAAACAAUGGAAACCACUCAAACAACAGAUAAUGAUGAAGAAAAUCCAAUGGCUAAAGAGGAAGAAGAAGAAAAAGCUAUUCAAGAAGAGGAGGAAACACCUGAGGAGGAAGAGGAAGAAUCAAAUCUGCCCUCAUCACAAAAUGUGGAUGAGGCACAGCAAUUGGAGGAUAGCGAUUCCUUGCCACAAACACAAAGUACCAUUACCACCACAGAGCAAAAUGCUGAAGACCAGCAGCUAUCGACAUCUAAGCGUAGCGAAAACGCCGAAGAAGAUGAAGAAGUUGACAUUGAUGUUUGUGAUACCAAGGAACCGGAUGAGACAAUGACACAAAACUUGGACAAUCCACAAGAGAAUGAGCAGCAACAAGUACAAGUGCAGCCUAUAAAAUUACCACCUGCAGAUGGCAUUGAAGUUGCCGAUGAUGAUACGUUGACCUUAGAUUUACAGCUUGAUCAACCCCUCGAUAAAUAUGAAAUCGUUGAAUUCGUAAGAAUUUGUUUGAAAACAGUCUACCACACCUGUCUGUACUGCAACCAUGCCAGGCGCAUUGCGGUGAAUGGCAAAAGUUUGGUGUUGCACAUGAUUGCCGAACAUCGCUUUACUGCCACUGUCGACAGUAUAACAGCCGAGGAGCUAAAAGCUGACACUAUUGUGGCCAAGCUGAAAAGUUUUCUUCCCGAUUUGGAAAAUCACUACUUUAAUGCCAACAGCUAUUGUACCCUGGGCAAUGGGGCGUUCACCAAACCGUUUAAUGAACGGAUUUUCGAAUGUUUUCAAUGUCGCGUUGUGGCCGCCACCCACAAGGAGCUGUAUUUGCACAAUCGUAAAAUGCAUCUGCGUACCGCAAUUCUUUGUUUUAUGUGCCGUGCCAAUUUCUUCAGCUUCAGUGAAAUUCUUUGCCACAUCUGUCCGGGGGCGCCCAACAAAGUCUCAGUGUUUGAUGUCCAGUUUCGUUGCUGUUUGUGUGAGUUGGAAAAUAUACCCUCACCAUUUCGGCUCAUGGUUCAUUUGCGUAAGAAACAUUUUGCUUGUGAUGUUUGUCUCGAAGAUUGCCGGGAUCAGAGUAAAUUGUCCUCGCACGUUUGGAAGCAUAAGCUUCAUCACUUGUGUUAUCGCUGUGGCAUUGCCUAUCGCAAUAAGUUGGACAUUACCAAGCAUUUGUUCUGGAAACAUGGUACUGAGAGCACCAUAUGCAAGAAAUGCCUGCAAAAGAAGUGGCCUCAUGUCUAUCACUUUUGCAUACCACCGCAAACGUUUGUCUGUGAGGUUUGCAAUCUCUGCUUCUCCAAGGCCAUGUAUUUGAGGGUACACAAACGCGUACACUCGGGAGAUUUCCGUUAUCCUUGUAUUGAAGACGAUUGUGAAGAGAAAUUCAUUUCACGGAAACUAUUGCUCAAACAUGCAGCCAUACAUUUGCCACCACCACUUCCACCUGUGGAGCCAGAAAAACCUGAAGAUAAUAAGGAGAAUAUGGGCAUUGAAUCGAAAGACUCGGAAGUGAAAACAGAAGCUGCCUCCUCUGCUGAUGUUAAACCAGAUAUAGUUAUAAAGAAGGAACCUAUGGAUGUGGAUGAACAGGAGGAUGAGGGUGAAAUGGUUAAGACGGAAAAACAAGAUGAAAUUGGCGACAAAAAGGAAGAAAAAGUUGCUACUGAAACGAAAACCGAGAGCACAGCAGCCAAAGAAAGUGAGGCCAAGGAUGGUGAUACACCACGCAAGAAACGUAAGAAGAGUAAGCGCCGCAAAGAUUUGUUGGAGGACUUGAAUUUUGCCGCUCCCAAUCUCUCGGAAACCGAUUCUAGCGGUGAUGAUUCUGAUUCGGAUUCUAAGACCAGAAGCGAAAUAGAUGCAAUGCCUAGGGUUAUGUUAUCACCACCCUCAGAGGCCGAGGGUGAUGAAGGUUCGAAAGCAGGGAAUCUUAAUCCAGAUGAAACAUCCCAGCCCGGAAAAGUUUUGGAGAUUUGGCAGAAUUUCCUUAAAAACCAACAGGGUAAACCAGGCGAAAGGGAAAAAUCCGCCGAACCCAAGGAAAACAACAAUGGCAUCAUGUAUGGUCCCGUACACAUUGCAUUAUCGGACCAUGACUACUGCAAGCUAUAUGAACUGCCACCACCGCCUCCGCCACCUCCACCACCCAAGGAGACAAUUUUCAAAAAGCCAGAUAUUAACAGCACUCCUGAAACAUCGCCCGUAAAACAAAGGAAACAAAGUAAAUCGCCCAGGCGAACAUCCAGAAGAUCGGAUGCUUCCUCCUCAUCCAGUGAUUCAAGCUCUGAUUCUGAUUCCAGUUGCUCUUGUGGCUCGAAUUGCUCUUGCUCAUCUUCCAAUUCUGGAUCUUCCUCCUCCUCAUCGUCAUCUGAAGAAACAGAUUCGUCUGCAGCUUCCAAUGCAUCCGUUAAAAAGAGACAUCGCAAAAAGUCUGAACGUGAUCGCAUGCGUAAACAAAGUGAAAGUGCAUCGCCACUCAAACAGGCGAACAAACAUUCCACUCACGAUGUAGUGAAUAUCGACGAUGAAGAGGAUCAACAGAAACUUGAAGAAGCACGGCCACCUUCACCGCCCAAAGAACCCCUAAUCUAUGAGAGUGAUUUGGAAACGAAUGAAUCGGAAACAGAUGAAGAGUUCUACGAUGAACAUCCACAAAAAUUGGCAACCGAGCUAUUGGCUCAAAAGAGAGCCCAGUUAAUGGCUCAGACUAGAUUGUCGCCAUCGCACAACUUUGAUAUUGUGGAAAAUAGUCGUCCUUCAACGCCAUCGCUGCCCGAAGAGGUGGCCUCCAAUGAAAGGCCCAAAAUCAAGGUUAAAAAGAAGAAACGUGAUCGCAAAUCCUCUUGCAAAGGUGGCCACAGUCAUGCCACCGAAUCAAAUGCGCCGGCGCUUGUUCCUCCUCAUCCAGAAUAUCCAAACUUGACAGCUCAAGAACAGUCCAACACAAAUGCAGCUGCUGCCAUUACGCAAGCUUCUUUGAUAAAUCCAGCCAUAGAUGUGUUACCCCCAUCUGUGGCUCCUGUUUAUCCAACACAUCCGAAUAUGGUGACGGCACAAAAUAUUUACGCACCACCUCCACCGGUGCUAAUGCACUCCAGUGAACAGCCAUUGACUCCAAGGCCAAUAACAAUGCCACCUUAUGGUGGGGCUAGCGGCGCUGCCCAUCAUCGCAUGAGCGAAGGCAGCAGUUGCUCCGACGUUGAUGGCUCACUGAAACGUUCCAAGCGUGCCAGAAGACCCAACAAAUUCUAUGGUUACACCAGUGAUGAUGAAAAUAUUGUUAAUGGACCACCCUUGAUGAUUGGUUCGCGGGCCUUCAAGCCGCAGCCACCUCCCCAGCUAACAUGGCGCAAAGAAGAUCUCCCAACGCCCUCGAAAAGUAUACUCAACAAUAAAAACAAAAGCCAUAAAACACCAAAAACCCCAGCCAAUGCGGCAAACAAUUUGUUUGGUGGCAAUAGCAGUUUCACCGGCACUUCUAGUGGUAAAAAGAGGUCACGCUUGUCAUUGGCCGGCGGCGAUAAGUCAGCACGCAAAAGGCCCUCCAAGAAAAAAGGAGAGGGAAAACUUCCACCCAUACCUACGCUAAAAAUCAGACCCUCUGAAAUUGGUCUUAAUACCACGCGAAACCAUGAAGCACCCAAAGUGGACCACUACAAUACCUCGGACACCAGUAGUGACGAUGAUGAGGAUGAUGACAACACAACAGCGCCCACAUUGCAUACACCUACAUCGUCGUCGAAGAGCUUCAAGCCCAAGAUUAAGUUUGUUAAUAAUGCUGCAGCAGCAGCGGCAGCACCCAUCUUGCCCUCACAACCACCUCGACCACCAUCUCCACAGACUAAGGCUUUCAAUCACAAAAUACCACCUGCCCUUUUGCCAAAUCCCGACUUUGCAACGCUGCAAUACUUUAAGGCCAACAAUAUACGUUAUCCCAUUCGGCCACCGGCUGGAGCUAGACAGGCCCGCGAAGGUGAAUCGGUUUAUUGCUAUUGUCGUUGUCCCUACGACGAAGUUUCCGAAAUGAUAGCCUGUGAUGGUGAGAACUGUCUCAUUGAAUGGUUUCACUUUGAGUGUGUGGGCAUUAUGGUGGCUCCACAGGGUAAAUGGUUUUGUGCCGAAUGUCGUCCGAAAUAUUCAGAGGAGCUGUACCCGACAACGGCCAUUGGGCACAACAGUAAUGUUUAGUAUCAUUGCGGAAUAUUGAUGGUACUUGGUGUAAAUAUUCUAUUCUAUUUAUCUUUCAAAGCUCUCUGUCCUCACUCAAUCUCUUAGUGUAACCUGUAAAUAAUCAGUCGUCUAUCAUCUACCUCUUUCCUAGAUACCCUCCACCUCUCGCUUCUUUCCUCUAUUUAAUUAUUAAUUCCGUGUAUCUCUUAUGAAACAUAAAUGUCAUGGCUCAAUAUGUAAACAAAACAAAAAGAAGUAGUAGAAGAAGAAAAAGAUAGUACCACCCGACAUAGGGGGAUUUUCAUGAGAAAAUAACUAAAAAUCGCCAAAAUACGCUUAUUAUGAUAUGAUAAAUGAGAAAAAAAAAAAAGAAAAACAGAAUUAAAUAGGUUCUUUACUAAUUCUACAAUUACAGACUUGGUUUAGCUUAAAUUUUUACAAAAACGGAAAUAUUUUUUUAAAAAUUAAACAUGAAGAAAUGUAACUUGAUUCGGAAAAAAUAUGGAGAUAUAAUCACUACAUUUAAAUGAAACAUAGAAAAGAAACACUUCAAACAACUCUGGGAUAUAGAAGUUUUGUUCAUAAUUUUAUUUAAACAAAAAAAUAAAAUUAAUUUUCAUAAAAGAAGAUAAAUUUAAAACAAAACCAUGAAAUAUAUAAUAAGCUUCGAUACAUAUAUAUAAAAAGGAAAACAAGACCUCUGUAAAUAUGUUUAAAUUUAAACAAUAUUUAAUUUACCCACAAAAAAAAGAAAGAAAAAAUCGGCGGGAUAUUACAUCAAAUGUAAUAUUUUGUUUAAUAUUAUUUUUUAUUAUUUUUUAAUUUUCUUUUUUUUAUUAUUAAGUUUUCAUAUUUUAAGAUUUUGUUAAGCAUCUCUCACUCUCACUGUGCAUAACAUUCUCCUUAGAUUAUGUUUUGUGUAAAAUUUAAAAA